GGUAAAUAUUUUACAACGCACCCGCAUCCGGCUCAACAACAUUCCAACCAACAUGGCAAGCCGAAAAGGUUCACAGCAAAGCCGGGGAGAUGGUGAUAAAUACUCGGUGUUGUUGCCCACUUACAAUGAACGAGAGAAUCUACCGCUUAUUGUGUGGCUAUUGGUAAAAUACUUCGGUGAAAGUGGAUACGAGUACGAGAUUAUUGUCAUUGAUGAUGGAAGUCCAGAUGGGACACUUGAGGUGGCAGAACAACUGCAGAAGAUAUACGGAAAGGACAAGAUACUCCUUCGACCAAGAGCAAAGAAACUAGGGUUAGGAACUGCCUACAUCCAUGGCAUUAAACAUGCCAGAGGGAACUAUGUCUUCAUAAUGGAUGCAGACCUCUCCCAUCAUCCUAAAUUUAUUCCAGAAUUCAUAAAGAAACAGAGAGAAGGCGGGUAUGACCUUGUGUCAGGCACCCGAUACAGAGGAGAUGGGGGCGUGUACGGAUGGGACCUGCGCAGGAAACUCAUCAGUCGGGGAGCGAACUAUGUCACACAGGUGCUGCUGAGACCUGGGGCAUCAGACCUGACUGGCAGCUUCAGGCUUUACAAGAAGGAGGUACUGGAGAGUCUGGUGGAGAGGUGUGUGUCCAAAGGCUACGUCUUUCAGAUGGAGAUGAUUGUCCGUGCUAGACAGCUGAACUACACCAUUGGAGAGGUUCCAAUUUCGUUUGUGGAUCGUGUUUAUGGGGAGUCUAAACUGGGAGGAAAUGAAAUAGUGUCGUUCCUGAAAGGACUGCUUACUCUCUUCGCGACAACAUGAUUUAUGAUGUUCUAGGUUUGGACUCAGCACUGCUUUUUAGUUUUUCAGUCAUGGCCUUCAAUGCAGUAAUGAACCUACAUCAAAAUCAGUAGCGUAGGACGCACCCCACAGCACACGCGAGGCUGGGGCCCCCAAGCUUUAGGGAGCAUCAAACAAACUUUUAUUUUGGUUGGGGAAGAUAGCAAGUGAACACUUCAUAAGCCAUGGCAAAAUGUUUAGAAUGACAGGAAAUUUGCUUUAAAACUGCAACAUUUUCUCUACCCCAUGGCAAAAUGUAUAGAAUAGCAUUAAACUAGCUAUAAAACUGCAACAUUUUCUCUGCCCCAUGGCAAAAUGGCGGGGGGGGGGGGCUAAACUGCACUAUGUCACUGAUAAAAAUGAGAAGGGGAAAUGGACAGACUAUGCUCCUUUCUAUGAGUAGUUGAUUAUCAAAGCACAGAAAGUAAUACAUUAAAAUAUUAAUUCUU